AAAAGGGUGAAGAAGAAAACCCUUUGGAUUUGCCUUGCCGCAAACAAGCAUUGCAGAGUGGUAGUAGUAAAUUUGCCUCCGCCGCGAGAGCUCAGAGAUGGUGAGUCAAAGGCAGCGACUCGCUCGUAAGCGAUUCAAAGCAGAACACCCUGAACUAUUCCCCAAGGCAGAGCCAACUCCCCCAAAGGACCCCGACAAGAAGAAGAAAAAGAAGAAAAGGACCAUCUUCAAGCGCAAAACCGCGGAUUCAAAACAAAGCAAUUUCCGAAAACACCCUUUCAGAGUCCCUGGCAUGAAGCCUGGCGAAAGCUGUUUCAUCUGCAAGGCCAAAGACCAUAUUGCAAAACUCUGUCCCGAAAAAGCUGAAUGGGAGAAGAACAAGAUAUGUUUGCGAUGUCGACGCCGCGGCCACAGAGCUAAGAACUGCCCUGAGGUGCAAGAUGGCACCGCCAAUGAUGGCAAGUAUUGCUAUAAUUGUGGGGACACUGGUCACUCACUCUCAAAAUGUCCGCAUCCUCUUCAAGAAGGAGGGACAAAGUUUGCGGAGUGCUUUGUCUGUAAUCAACGUGGACACCUGAGUAAAAACUGUCCUCAAAAUACUCAUGGAAUUUAUCCAAAGGGUGGUUGUUGUAAAAUAUGUGGUGGUGUGACACAUUUGGCAAAGGAUUGUCCUGACAAAGGGAAGAAAGGAUUGGUUGCUGCCAAUAGACCUUUUGACGGAUCAAUAAGAACUGGAGAGAGGCCCAGUGGUAAGGUUACCAAAUUUGGCAGCGGGGAUGAUAUUGAGGAUGACUUCAUGGCUGAUGACAUGUGUAGUGGUGAUAAGAACAAGUCAGCAAAGUCAAAAGAUGGCCAUGUAAAACCAAAGAAGAAGGGUCCUAAAGUUGUGAAUUUUUAACUAAAGAUAGAUACCUCUUAAUGUGUUGUACGGAUUUUUUUUUUCCCAUAUAUUUAUUUUCUUUCCCUUUCUAUACGCAAGGCUAUACUAGGCCUAUGUUAUUCGUUGCAUUCGGCAGAAUCUAUUUCAGAAUGAAUGUUUAACGCUCCU